AUGGUUAUCAGUCUAAAUUACAGUGUAUUUCAGGAGAAUACGAUGAUAUCGGUUGGCGAUCUCUCGCGAGGUUUCAUCAAGCAGAUCUGCGAAAGUACCACAUACGACGAUGUUGAGACAACGCCUGUGGUGCAGAUUCUUGAGGCGCGCCCGUUGGUUAAUACGCAAAAAGAGCCCGAUUCGGAAGCGCAGUAUUUUCGCUUUCGAAUCUCUGAUGGAAUGUUUAGCUACAAUUCAUGCCUGAAUCAGCCGUCGAUAACAGAGAAAAUCAAGAGGGACAAUCUCAGCCAUGGCAAUCCUGUACUGCGCAUGACUUAUACACUGUAA